CAAGACAAUAUUUUAUGAGACACGCAGAAUAGAACAGCAAGAGAGUUCAUGGACAAAGAUUGAGCAGAUGAUUAAAAAAAGAUUGGCAUAUAGCAUACAAGCAGAACUUUUAAGUUAUGUGGAACUUAAAAGCAUAAAAACGGCAUGGUCACCAGGGAAAUUACCAAUUUGAUUUAUUGCAUUGUCUCUGCAACUUCUAUACAGUGUGAGUGAAAGCAGUUUAGGAGACCAUUACUAUUCACCCUCUUUAAUAAAUAAUUCUGGCUGAGCUAGACAAAUAAUUAAGUGGUAUUAAUACAUAACAGUGAUAACUAAACAGAACUUGUCUACCUUAGGGUGAUACUGUCUGAUGACAAAGAUUUAAAUCAGUUAAUUAAAGAGCCAUAGUGGAUCUUUUAUAUCUGCUGUAGUCUGUUUGAAUUCCAUGGCACACGGAUUAUGUUCCUGGACUUUCAACAGCGGCCUGACGCCGGUCUUGAAGCAAACCGGUCCCAAAUCCCCAGAAGAUUGGGGAAUGAAAAGGGAUGUAAAGUUUAGAUAUGUGGCAACAGCUAAACGCCGGGUCAGGUUUCUCAGAGCCCUGGCUAUAUUUAACCUACUGAUCUAACACCAGGCAGAGUGUUUAAAUGCCACCACUGCAGUUGGUGCGGAGCAGUUGUCGUCCACAGAUCUUCUUCGGCACGAGCUCAGCCUAGGGAUUCGUGUUCAGUGCAUACAUACACACACACAAGCUCACAAGGACCGGAAAGGACCUAUUCCUCGUAUUCAGAGAAGACAGAACAGAGCCAGUGGACUCUACAUCAAUUCCAACUGAAAGACAUGGAGCUUUUUGAGACCAACCCCUACUUCUUUGCAGACCAGCGGUUUUAUGAAGGUGGCGAUAACUUCUUCGCCUCCAGGGUCACUGGAGGCUUUGACCAAGCAGGAUAUCAGGAUAGAAGCUCCAUGAUGGGGUUGUGUGGGGAUGGAAGGCUGCUGUCAUCUGGCGUGGGACUGGAGGACAAACCGUCCCCAUCUUCCAGCUUGGGUCUGUCCAUGUCUCCUCACCAGGAGCAGCAGCACUGUCCGGGUCAGUGUCUUCCCUGGGCCUGCAAGGUUUGUAAGCGCAAAACGGUGUCAAUGGAUCGUCGGAAAGCUGCCACUAUGAGGGAGAAGAGGAGGCUGAAGAAGGUGAAUGAGGCCUUUGAGGCUCUCAAGAGAAGCACACUGAUGAAUCCCAACCAGAGGUUGCCUAAAGUGGAAAUCCUACGCAGUGCCAUCCAGUACAUCGAGAGACUGCAGGCUCUGGUGAGCUCUCUCAACCAGCAGGAACAUGAACAGAACAGCCUAAAUUACAGCACCGCAGCUCCACAGAGGGUGUCCUCCUCCAGCGAGCAGGGCUCAGGCAGCACCUGCUGUAGCAGUCCAGAGUGGAGCAGCACGUCGGACCAUUGCGCCCCAGCCUACAGCUCCACCCACGAGGUUCUCCUGAACGACGACUCCUCGGAGCAGACCAACCUGAGGUCUCUGACUUCUAUUGUGGACAGCAUUACGGGAACAGACACCACUGCAGUCCCCUAUUCAGUGGACAUUAGCAAAUAAAUGAGGUUGACCACAACAUGAUGCUCAGACCACCUUUCAGCAAUCAUAACAGCACUAUCUACUGCACCCGAGGUGAAUUAAGAACCUUAUAAAAGUCAUAAAACCCUUGGGGGCAUUAUUUCCAGACAAAUCUAGAGGUCCAUAUUAGUAUAUUUCCAAGUGUUUUUUUAAAUCUCUGUUGGAAUAAAAAAGAAUUUCAAAUAAGCCUAAUUCCUGCUGAAACUUAACACAUGCAGGUGGAUAUUUUGAUAGUUUGUCCUUUCCUUUUGAUUCCUGAGUUUUCAGUCUAUUUGUGUGUGCUUUAUGCUUACCAACAAAACUGUAUUUAUGGGUCCAAUGUUUUACUCCAUGGUUUUGACCAAGUUCUGCUUAAUUUAAACUAGUUCUGAAUGCCAGUCAUGUAAAUAUGUUCCUAUUUUCUACAGAGUGGUUUUGUUAUUUUAUUUUCUAUUUUUUUCUGAGUGUUUGGAAUUAUUUAUUUCGACUUUUACA